AUGGGACCAACUGAAGAAACGAUCAGAGUCGCAGUGACUCAAGCCGAGCCUGUCUGGCUCGAUCUCGACGCCUGCAUCGCCAAAGCCUGCAAGCUGAUCAAAGAAGCAGCAGCAAAUGACGCCAAACUCGUCACCUUCCCCGAGCUCUGGUUCCCAGGAUACCCGGCUUGGAUCUGGGACGUACAGAUGAAACGUCCCGUAGACUUCGUCCUCGGCACCACCUACCAAAAAAGUAGCCUCAAGCUCAACUCUCCGCAGAUGCAAAAGCUUUGCGCCAGCGCAGCAGAGAACAACAUCGCCGUCCACUUCGGCUUCUCGGAGAAUGCGGAUAAUUCGCUAUACAUCUCGCAAGGCAUCAUCGGGCCCGACGGCCUCCUCAAGAUGGUUCGCCGCAAGCUCAAGCCUACGCAUAUGGAGCGCACCGUCUUCGGGGACGCGAAUGGCAACACGCUUAAGAACGUCGUGGAUGUGGAAGGCGUAGGACGGGUGAGUUCUCUGGCAUGCUGGGAGCAUUUGCAGCCGCUUUUGAAAUUUUCUACGAUUCUGCUGAAGCCGAAUAUCCACGUAGGGGCUUGGCCGCCUGUUCAUCCCUUUGUGGAAGGGGCUGGAUUGUGGAGUAUGUCGCGAGAGGGUUGCAGGAACUUGUCGAGGACGUUUGCGGUGGAGAGCCAGGCGUUCGUUUUACACAGUACUGCUGUGAUUGGGCAGGAGGGAAUUGACAAGAUGGGCACGGAAGGGUCGAUGUUUGGGGUUCCUGGGGGUGGGAGUUCGGCUAUCUAUGGCCCAGAUGGAAGGCAGUUGACUAACGAUAUUGGAGAGACUGAGGAAGGAAUCUUGUAUGCUGAUCUGGACUUUGAUGAGGUGCUUAGGUCGAAGAGCUUUGUUGAUGUUGCCGGGCAUUACAGUCGGCCGGAUAUGCUAUGGCUCGGGGUUGAUGAUAGGGAGAAGCUGCAUUUGAGGGCUCAGCGGGACGAGGACAAUGAGAAAGCGUAG